AUGCGUGUCACCGCAUUUUCAGCCCUUUUGUUUGCGGCGUGUGCCAUUGCGGUGCCCUCUCCUCGCUCUCAUGUCGUCCAUGAACGACGAGCAGCCGAGCCUCUUGAAUGGACUCGUGCCCGCCGUCUUGAACCCCACAGAAUCCUACCUAUGCGUUUUGGCCUGGCACAGCAAAAUAUGCAUCGCUUAGAGGAGCUGUUGAUGCAAGUAUCUCAUCCUGAAUCACCAUUGUAUGGACAACAUUACACGCCUGCUGAGGUGGUGGACCUCUUUGCGCCCAGUGCCGAGUCAAUUGCGACAGUGACACGGUGGUUAACUGAAUCUGGCAUUUCCAGAGACCGUUUGCGUCUCUCAUCCAACAAAGGAUGGAUACAUCUCAACGUUACCACAGCUGAAGCUGAAGAGCUUCUCCAGACUGAGUACCACGUCUAUACCCACCCCUCUGGCGACGAACAAAUUGGCUGCCAUAGUUAUUCCGUUCCUGCUCAUGUUAAAGGACACAUCGAUUUGAUAAAGCCCACCGUCCAUUUCAAUCAUCGUCCCACUGCCAACGUCCUGCAGAGGCGUUCUGGACCAAACCUGGGCGCGCCAUCAAUCUUCACUGGUCCCAAGAAAGCUAGCAAGGCGGUCGCGAUCACUCCCUCUCUGGAAAACUGCGAUAAAUUUAUCACACCAGAUUGUUUGAGGGCACUGUAUUCCAUUAAAUAUAAGCCAGUUGCAACAAAGAAGAACAGCUAUGGUAUAGUUGAAUUCACACCUCAAUCUUUCCUAGAAAAAGAUCUCGAUCUAUUUUUCGGCCAAGUCGGCACCCGCCCCAUCCCUGUGUUGAUCGAUGGAGCUGUCGUUCAAACCACUGAACAAGAUUUUGACGUUAAUGGGGAAAGCGACCUCGAUCUUGAAUAUGCCAUGUCUUUAACAAAUCCUCAGCCAAUUACACUUUUGCAGACUGGAGAUCUUGUUGAAGGCGCCGGUUUUGACAAUUGGCUUGAUGCUGUUGACGGGUCCUUCUGUACAUUCGAAGGAGGUGAUGAUCCUGAACAAGAUACCAUUCCAGGGCCCGAAUCAUGUGGCAUUGUUGCGCCUCCCCAUACUGUGUCUGUCUCUUAUCUUCAGGACGAGUCCACUGUGACAUCUGCUUUUGCAAACAGGCAAUGUUCUGAAUACGCGAAGCUCGGGCUUAUGGGCACUACAGUGUUUCAUAGCAGUGGCGAUAACGGUGUCGCCGGAAACGGGGGAGUUUGUCUCAAUGCCCAACACCAACCUGUGAAAAAUAAUGGCACAGUCUUCAAUCCAGGCUUUCCUGCAUCCUGUCCCUUUGUUACCGCAGUCGGAGCUACUCAAGUAAACCCUGGAUCCACUGUCAACGAUCCCGAGGGGGCUUGUGAACAGGUCAUAUUCUCUGGGGGCGGCUUUUCUAAUAUAUUCCCACUUCCUUCCUUCCAAGCUGAUGCGGUCAAGUCGUUUUUGAAGAACCAUCCACCCCCUUUCACCAACGGAGAGUUCAACAAUACUGGUAAUGCUCGAGCAUUCCCUGACAUCUCCGCCAAUGGGGCCAACUACGUCAUUGGUAUCGAUGGAAACUUUAGCCUUGUUUUCGGGACGUCAGCCUCCUCUCCAGUGGUUGGGUCUAUAUUCACUCUUGUCAAUGACGCUCGCCUCGCUAUAGGCAAGCGCCCAAUAUACAACCCACUAUUUAAACCUGCAUUCAAUGAUAUCACCUCAGGUGGAAAUAGGGGAUGCGGCACUCCCGGAUUUACUGCCACGACAGGCUGGGAUCCCGUUACAGGUGUCGGUACACCAAAUCUUUCCAAGCUCCUCGUGCUUGCGCUGGUGUUGCCGUGA